GCAGUGGUCUGUGGUGACGACGGGAGAAUGAGUGUCUACGAGACUGAGUCGGGCACCAAGCGUGCGGAGCUGGACGGACACCUGGGUGAUGUCACCUGCUGCCAGUUUUUCCCAUCGGGACAGGUUGUGCUAAGCGGGGCGACAGAUAUGCGGCUGAAGAUCUGGUCAGCGAGCGAUGGCACAAAUCCAGUGACACUUGUAGGGCACAGGGCGACAGUUACUGACACGGAGAUCGUGGGGGUCGGAAAGAAUGUUCUAUCAUGUUCCAAGGACGGGACAGUACGGCUAUGGCACUGCGGGUCAUCCUCACUGAUUCAUACAUUUGAGCUGUCGAAGCUGCCAGUUAACAGGAUUAGGCUGGUAUCAUAUCCCGAGAGGGAUGAGAGCAAGAUGCCUGAAAAUGAAUUUGAGACCGCUGGCAAGGUGGUCGCAGCUGCUUGUGAAGACGGACGUGCUGUAUUGCUUGACUUGGGCACAAAAAAGACAAUCUCGGAAUUCGGCGCGACCAAUGGAACGCCGGUACGUGCAGUCGCUUACGAUAUUGUGCAGCAGCUUGUGUAUGUCGGGCUAUCAGAUGGAGUAGUGCAAGUAUGGAGCGACUCGGAUACCAGUAAACCGAUGUUUGAGUUCAAGCGCAACAGCUCGGCAAUCACGGACGUCGCGCUCGUGCGCAAAGAGUCUGGGUCUUUGCCACUGGUGUGUGUAUCUACUGAGGAUGGACAGCUGUAUCUGGUAGCGCCGGUGCUGAGUUCUGGCAAUGUUGUCGGAGUAGAGGUUGUCGAGGAGCUGGCUGGGUUUGACGUUGACCCAAUCAACCGGGUUCGCGUUGCCAUGUCUACGCAAAAGGAUGCCACUCGCCAGGCAGUGUGGGCUGCAGGACGUGUAAAGGACAUUUUUGAAUUUUGAAAUGCUCACCUAGAGAGUGAGAUAAGUUUUACGAAAUACUAGAAAUACUCUACUCGCGAU